AUGAUUAACCGCCGCUCCCUUCUCCGCACCCUAGCGGAGCAAGAAGCUAAAUUCAUCCCCAGACCAGGACGGUGCUUGUCGACAAUCGCAGGGCAACGACGAGUGGCUAACCAGAAGAGAACCUCUUAUAAUCAGUUUCCCAAGAGUGCCAGCUCGCAGAAUUCGAGACCGGUCUCAAAUUAUACCUUCCCGCAUCAUGCAAACGCCAUCUCAGUACUACCCACUGCAGUCGAUACCGAGUCAGCAGACUUCAAAGAGAACGAGCGACAGAUGAAUGAGAUACUACAACAGAUGACGCAGAUACAUGAUAAAAUCGCACAGGGUGGAUCUCAAAAGGCCCGUGAGAAACAUAUUGCACGAGGAAAGAUGCUUCCCCGAGACCGGGUCACGUCGCUGAUUGAUCCUGGAACAUCAUUCUUGGAGUUGUCGCCUCUUGCGGGCCAUGAGGUUUACCCCGGCGAAGACGUGCCGGGAGGAGGAAUCAUCACAGGCAUUGGAACGGUUGAAGGCGUCACAUGCAUGAUUGUCGCCAACGACAGUACAGUCAAAGGAGGAACCUACUAUCCUAUUACGGUCAAGAAGCAUCUACGGGCACAGGCAGUAGCACAAGAGAAUAAGCUGCCUUGCAUCUAUCUUGUCGACUCUGGUGGCGCUAAUCUGCCGCAUCAGGCCGAUGUUUUUCCAGACCGGGACCACUUUGGUCGCAUCUUCUUCAACCAAGCGCGCAUGAGCUCGCUUGGGAUACCCCAAAUCUCAGUGGUCAUGGGUCCUUGCACUGCUGGAGGCGCAUAUAUUCCUGCCAUGAGUGAUGAGACAAUCAUUGUUGAGAAUCAAGGAACUAUUUUCCUUGCAGGGCCUCCACUGGUCAAAGCGGCGACGGGAGAGGUUGUCUCUGCAGAAGACCUUGGCGGAGGUAGUCUACACAGCACAAUCUCAGGUGUAACAGAUUAUCUUGCUGUUGAUGAUGCACAUGCGCUAGUUCUUGCUCGACGCUCUAUUAGCAAUCUCAAUUACCCAAAGACCAGCGUUCCUCUCUCGGGCCUCUCCCCAGACACCGAUAUCAAAGAACCACUUUACGACCCUGAAGAACUGGGUGGCAUUGUUGGCACGAAUCUCCGCCGGCAGAUCCCCGUCCAUGAAGUAAUUGCACGUAUAGUCGACGGCAGUGAAUUUGCGGAAUUCAAGCGUGAUUACGGCAGCACCCUUGUCACAGGGUUUGCGCGCAUUUACGGAACUCAAGUAGGCAUUGUUGCCAACAACGGCAUUCUCUUCUCAGAGUCAUCGUUAAAGGGAGCACAUUUCAUUGAACUAUGCGCUCAACGACGCAUACCACUCGUCUUUCUACAGAAUAUAUCAGGGUUUAUGGUUGGUGCAGAUGCUGAAAAGGGCGGCAUUGCAAAGAAUGGAGCAAAACUGGUAACGGCGGUAGCAUGCGCCGAUGUGCCCAAGUUUACAGUAGUAUUUGGGUCAAGUGCUGGAGCAGGAAAUUACGGCAUGUGCGGCCGCGCCUAUUCACCGAGACUGAUGUUUAUGUGGCCCAAUGCCAAAAUUGGAGUAAUGGGAUCAGAGCAAUUGUCAGCAGUAAUGGAAGCAGUAGGACGCAGCGCCGAUCCAGAUCUCAAAGCGAGAAUCGAUCAUGAAUCGCAGGCAAUUUACUCUUCAGCGCGAUUAUGGGAUGACGGCGUGAUUCCGCCUGCACAGACAAGAAAGGUUCUUGGGAUGGGAUUGGCGGCUGCGAUGGGUGGAAAGAAUAAGAUUGACGAGGCUGAGACGAGGUUUGGUGUCUUUAGGAUGUAG